AUCUAUACGCUAGUAAAAAAAUGAAGCUAGUCUAGGGUAUGAGAGAGAAGUUUCUAAAACCAGAGAAAGAGUAAGUCUGAAAACCUCGGCCGCCGCCGAGUCGCUGUUCCUUAUUCUUUGUUUCUCCACCAUAAUCACCAUCUCUCUCUCUCUCAAACUCAUAAUCACAAUCUUUCCCUCUAAAGAUGUCGUCUGAAGAACCCAAGAACCCCGCCGCCGCCGAAGAGUCUGGCGAGAAGAAGCCGUCCAAGAAAGAGCUCGCCAAGCUGGAGCGCCAGCGGAAGCGCCAAGAAGCCGCCGCCGCAUCUGCUGCGGCGGCCGCUGCCUCCCUCUCAAUUACAGACGAGGACGACCCACUGGCGGCCAACUAUGGCGAAAUCCCUCUGAACGACCUGCAAUCGAAGGAGGUAUCGGUGGCAGUGUGGACGCCGGUCAAGGAUUUGACCGACGAGCUGAAGGACAAGUCCGUGCUGAUUCAAGGGCACGCGCAGACGAUUCGCGCGGUGGGGAAGAAGAUGGCGUUCUUGGUGGUGAGGGAGGAGUGCUACACCGUACAAUGCGUCUUAACCGUGGCCCCUGAUGUAGUAAGCCCGCAGAUGGUGAAGUUUGCCACCAGUUUGAGCCGGGAGAGCAUUGUGGAUAUCGAAGGGAUCGUCUCCGUCCCGUCUCAACCCAUUACAGGCGCCUCUCAGCAGGUGGAAAUUCAAGUGAGGAAGCUUUAUUGUGUUAACAAGGCUAUUCCCGUACUGCCUAUCAAUAUUGAAGAUGCAGCUAGAAGCGAGGCUGAAAUUGAAAAGGCUUUGCAGGCGGGCGAGCAACUUGUUCGUGUAAAUCAGGACACUCGCCUGAAUUACAGGGUCCUUGACUUACGUACUCCUGCAAAUCAAGCAAUAUUUGAAGUCCAGUGCCAAGUUGAGGAGAUAUUUAGGCAAUUUUUGUUAUCCAAAGGUUUUCGUGGGAUCCAUACCCCAAAAUUGAUUGCGGGUUCUAGUGAAGGUGGUGCAGCCGUGUUUAGGUUGGAUUACAAAGGAACACCUGCAUGCUUGGCACAAUCACCCCAGCUUCAUAAACAGAUGGCCAUUUGUGGUGGUUUUAACCGUGUGUUUGAGAUUGGUGCAGUAUACAGAGCGGAAGACUCUUUUACUCAUCGACAUCUGUGUGAGUUCAUUGGUCUUGAUGUUGAAAUGCGGAUUAAGAAGCACUAUUCAGAGGUGAUGGACAUUGUUGACGACUUAUUUGUGAAAAUGUUUGACACCUUGAAUGAGAAAUGUGCCAAGGAGCUUGAAGCCAUCAACAAGCAAUAUCCAUUUGAAAAGCUGAAGUACCUACGGAAGACCUUACGACUUACAUUUGAAGAGGGGGUACAAAUGCUAAAGGAGGCUGGCAUAGAAGUUGAUCCUUUUGGAGAUCUCAACACAGAAACAGAGCGAAAGCUUGGCCAACUUGUCCUUGAGAAGUAUGGUACUGAGUUCUACAUACUUCAUCGCUAUCCUUUGGCAGUUCGACCAUUUUAUACCAUGCCAUGCCAUGAUAAUCCAAAGUAUAGCAACUCGUUUGAUGUCUUUAUUCGAGGUGAGGAAAUCAUAUCGGGAGCUCAGCGUGUCCAUGUGCCUGAGUUUUUGACAGAGCGUGCACAAGCAUGCGGGAUUGACGUCAGUACUAUAUCGACAUACAUUGAUGCCUUCAGGUACGGGGCGCCAACUCAUGGUGGAUUUGGAGUGGGAUUGGAGCGCGUGGUGAUGCUUUUCUGUGCGCUCAACAACAUUCGAAAAACAUCACUUUUCCCUCGCGAUCCACAGAGAAUCGCGCCUUGAUUGUUUUGUGAUUUUGGAGAAAUAUCAUGCCAUUCUGCCGUCGAUUAGAAAGAAAAAAAAGCUAGAAAUUGAGUACUGGAGCUUGUUACUUUUGGUGGUAGAAACAAUUUCAUACAAUGUUGAAAUGUGAUUACAUGAUACCGAGUGAUGUUAAUAUUUGUGUUUGGAAGAUGUUUCACAUAACAAAA